AUGAGUGGAAGUGACGAAACUUGCGGAGUUAAAAGUUUGUGCCCACCACCACAGCUCAUUGAGCCUGACAAUCAAAAUGCCGAUACAAAUCAAAAUCUGCCAUUCGAACUGAACAGAGACAUCCUCAAACUAAGAGUAGAAGACUUUGACAGCAAUCCUCCAUCGUCUUGCGGGGAAGAAGAUGACGACAACCCUGAGCACAGCUUCGAUGCUGUUAUUGCAGCAGAUCCGUCGUGGGUAGAGCCUUCGCAAGAUGUCGUCGUUUCGAUGGUUUCUCUGCUCGAUCACUACUUUUCGGACGAGAAUUUAGUAAAGGAUAAAUUCCUACUCAAGCAUGUGCGACGCAACAAGCAAGGAUACGUUUCAGUCAAGCUUCUCACCAGUUUUAAGAAGUUAAAACAUCUUUCUCGAUCCGACUGGCGAGUAACGGCUUUCUGCUGCAAGUCAAGCAGAAAUCUUGAGCUCAACCACUCGGGCAAUAAAGUCAAGCGAAGGGAGCAACUGCCUCAUAUCGAUUUACCGACGACGUCUAUCAAAACUAUUCUCGCCAAACUCCCCACUGGCGACAUGAUGACCGUCGAUGAGAUUUCAUUCAUCUUUCGAAAAUUCGGCUCACUCUCCACUGUCCGCCUUAUCCGCCCUGGAAAGGAGGUGCCACUCGACUUGCGAAACCAUGUUGCAAAACACCCUGAACUCGGGCAGUCUACUUGCGCUGUCGUUGAGUUUGACAAAACAGAAGAGUGCCAGAAUGCUUACAAGACGCUUGGAAAGAUAGCCCGCGAAGAGAACACUGGAUGGGAAUAUUCUCUCUUGGGCAGCGGCAGGAAUCCGCGAAGGCAACAGAAGAAACAAAAAGCAAAAGAAAGACAACUUCUUGGUGGAAGCUAUGGAUACGACUCGGCCGAAGAGUUCGGCUCGAGUCCUUUCGUCAGUUCUCGAGAGAACUCGCCCGAAGUGCGUCGAAAGUUCCCGCUGAACGCCGCGCGCAGUGGUCAAUAUCUUACUCCUUCGCCGCUCGUCUCUCCUUACGGCUCACGCUCCAACUCUCCUAUGCGACACUCGUCAAGCGGACACCCAAGCCCUAAUUUCCAGCGGAGGUCUGUGUCGGACAACCCCGUCGGUAACAAUAAAUGGGCCAUCGGAAAUCGUUCAAAACUUGGGCAAUCGCCUCUCGCUCGUCGACGACAGAUCACCUCCCCAAAUGAUCAUUAUGCGAAGGCGACACCCCCAUCGCCCCUUGUCGUCCCAAACUUGCUUGGAAAGGUUAGUGUGCAGCCCGGCUCCUAUGGCCUUCAAGGAGCGACGUCCUUUGAGAAGCUGAAUCCGGGCAAAUCUAAAGUUGACGAUAUUUUCAAUAAGUCGAUAGAAGUCUGGUCCAAUGACACAUACUCGGAUUCGCACCAUGUGAAUACUGAGCUGUCCCACUCGCAAUCUCCAUUGUCUCGCAGUCUGACAGAUACUUCGCAUGGGUCUAGAGAUGCAGGGCGACUGAUCGGGCACACACGCGCUAAUCAGAGGUUCGAGCCACCUUCCUUACAUGAGCGAGGGUUCUUUAACAAUCACACCCAGCCACAGUCAUAUUGCAAUAUGACGCGGAGCCAGUCCAAUUCGAAUAUACUUGGGCGGGUGAGUGAUUACACGCCGCACCCACAGCCACGCAAUAGUCCUAACCCGCUAAACUCGCAGAGCACGUCAAACUCCGCCAUCCCGCACUACUUUAGCAACCACUCGCACAAUCAAUCAUUCUCAUCGCGAACGGACUUUUUACAAAAUGAUUACUCGCCAUUCCAUCGAAUACGAAAAGAGUCCGCUGGCGAGCAAGUCAAUGAUCAACAUCUCCGAAGCGGAUCGAACUCUCACUUUCACCACCACCAAAGCAACCUUUUCGAUUUUACCUCUCACUUGACAAAAUCAUUCUCCAACCCGAAUAUCUUCUCUCUUUAUUCGAAUAACUCUCCUUCGAGUUCGAGUGCUGAGAAAGCGCAUGAGAUCCAUCAUCAGCCUCGGCAUCAUUCACCCUCUCCUCCUCCUCUUUUCCCGACAGAUACUCCCUCGCCUCCUAUCAUCCCUCACAAUCCCAUGGAAUCUCCAAACACUUUGGGAGAGCAUCUCGACCCAUUCCAAGCCCCAAGUUCAUAUCCGAUCGGAUCACAGUCGGGCAAUUCUUUCAAUAAUAACAAUGAUGAGCCCGCUCAAAAAUCUCCCUGGUUCCGUCGACGCCAAGACUUUCUUGCAGCCCAGAAUGACUCGCCGCUGGGCUCUCCACAGAACAAGACCAACUCUACUGAUUGGGGGUAUUCUUCCAGUCCUGUUGAAUCUGGAAUAUUGAGGAAUCCCCGCGGACCACCUGACAAUACAACGAAGGGAUUCCACCGCGAUAAUCCUGUUCUUGGCAAGUUAGAAAUGCUCUCGUCGCAAGUUGCCGCGGCAGCUACCUACGAGUCCUCGUCGCAACCAAACUGCUGA